CCCGGGAGAGUAAUUUAACCAACUGCAGCCACAAUGGAGGAUCUAUCCGAGGAGGAGCGUCAAAUCAUUGAGGAUGCAUUCGCUAUAAUGGACAGAGAGCAGGAUGGUUCGGUGACCUCCAAAGAAUUGGCAAUCAUAAUGCGUGCCCUGGGCCGUCAACCCACCGACAACCAGCUGCAGGCAAUGAUCAAUGAGGUGGAUUCGGAUGGCAACGGCUCCAUCGAGAUGGCAGAGUUCUGCAACAUGAUUCUGCGCAAGAUGCACGAUACCAACCACGAGGACGAGCUGCGGGACGCCUUCCGAGUCUUCGACAAGGAGAACAAUGGCUACAUCACAUCAGCGGAGCUAAAGGUGGUGCUAACAGCCCUGGGCCUAAAGUUGCCCGACGACGAGAUCGAGGAGAUGAUACGGGAGUACGACAUUGAUCAGGACGGACAUCUGGACUUUGAGGAGUUCGUCAACAUGAUGACCACCCGUUAGCCUUGUCUUUUGACGUGGCUCUAUCGUUGACAUUUCUGUCACAAAGUUUAGUUGUAAGUUUUAAGGGGGUAAUUACACUUCGAUAACUAGAACACGAAACACAUUUAAAUAUACACUUUGGAAAGCGCA